AUGCCGGCAUUAUUUCAUAUUUAGUGGUAAAAGCCAAUUGUUGAGUGUGGGAUUGAUUUGAGCUCCAAAAAUAAUUUUUAGUGUUUUUUCCUGUUAAACAGUUUAUAAAAUAUACUCGAAACUUAACAAUUUUUUAGCGGAAUCUUGUAAUUUCUCUAAACUCUGAAUAACAACAAACAUCAAGAUGACAUACGUUUUAACAGAAAUAGCCAUGGAAAUGAUGGGCCUUAAGUUCUAUGACAUGGACGGUGAUUUUUGUGAAACUAAUUUUCAAGGUGAGGAUAAUAAAUGCAAAGACAAGCCAAAUUUGCUUCAGGAACUUGGGUUAAAGCGUGAUGCACAAGGUAGGCUUGUGAAUGACUCUGAUAACGAUGAGGAGCAGCCAACCACUUCAAGUCGUGCAAAAAAACAAACCCAGUUUACUAGCAAAUCUGUUAAUGAAGCUCCGGCUAAGGCAGCAAAAAAUACAGCUACAGCAGAUGUGAAAAACAUCACACUCAAGCCAACUACAAAAUCCGAAACUGAAAAUAUUAAGAAACUACAAGCAGGCGUUGGGAAAAUGAGCAAAGAAACAUCGCCUUUACAGAUUCCAACUGAAAAAGUUGCUCCUGGAGUGAAGCAACCAAAAGUCGCUUCACAGGGCGCAAUUACUAAAGUUGCACCUGGUAAUGUCAAAGUCAUUAAUGAUUCUAACGGCGGUAUAGAUGUUCAAAUAAUUACAAAAAAGUUUCCAAUACCUGCUUCGACGAGUUUGAUUAAAAAAGAUGCUGUUGGCAAUGUAAAAGUCGGUAAUGCAAACGUACAGAAAACUGAAGUGAAGCCACCAACAGCCGCUUCACAAGGUGCAGUUAAAAUUGCUCCUGGUAGUCUUAAAGUCGCUAAUAGUUCCAACGACAAUGUGAAUGUUCAGAACAUUACAGAACAGUUAUCAAUAACAGCUUCAAUAGAUGCGUUUAAUAAAGUUGCUACUGAUAAUGCAAAAGUCGCUAAUGAGGGUAGCGAGGGUAUAAAUGAACAGAAAACUGGAAAAGACCUAUCAAUAGUCGCUUCAAAUGCUACAAUUAAGAAAGUUGUUCCUAUCGAUGCAGAAUCUGUUAAGGAUUCGAAUGAUACUAUGAAGGAAGAGAAAACUGAAGUAAUGCAAAAAACAGUUGCUUUGAAGGACGCAACUAAACAAAUAGCUACUGAACCCAAAAAACAAUACAAGUUAAAAGAGAAUCCAAUCUUAAACGAGCCAGAACAUAUUGAUUUUGAUGCUGAACUUAAUAAUAUGUUACCAGAAGACUUACAUGAAACAAAAUAUUCUGAAUUGAAUUCAUGUACUGAUAAACCUAUGAACGAUACCACUUCACCUGGUAAGAAGGGGCCAUUUAUUUCUGUUAGAUCUGAUUUGGUUGGUCCAAACGGAACACCAGUUUGUAAAAGAUCGAACUCCUUAUUGAAGAGAACAAAUGUUGAAUUUGAGAGAUUGCGUAAUCUUCUUAUAAAACAUAAAACUGAUUACAUUAAUAUUAAUGGCAAUAUACAUCAUCGUAUGGUCUUGAUGGGCGCUUAUACGCCAGAAAAAUUCAUGCAGCCAUCUUUAGAGUGUGAGGAAAAAAAUAUGAAAGAGGAAGCAGAUUUGCUACGAAAAUAUAGGUGUAUGCUGGAAGAUGCUUUGGCAAAGAACAAUCCAGCGGAGUACAACAGAAUCCUUACCCGUUACAAUAUCCGCAAGCGUGCGGGAAUUGAAUAAAAACAGUUGAAACUAUUAAAAUAUAUUGUCUUU